AUGGGCGGGCGGGGGGCAGGGUCGGAGAUUGAGCCCCGGGACCCAGGCUGGAGGGGGCGGGACCGCCCGGGGGAAUGGGGGGACAUUGGAACCCGCGAACGGGGGGGCGCCGGGGGCGAGCGGGGGGCCGGGGGCGGUGGGGGCGGGACCGGGGGCGAGGGCGGCAAGCGGACCGGGGGAGGAAUGGCGGGUAGGUGUGAGGUGUGGCGGGGACUGGUAGGUUGGCGGAUCGGAGUGGGGGGCGGGGGGGGGGGGGGCGGGGGGGGGGCGGGGGGGGGCGGGGGGGGGGGGGGGGGCGGGGGGGGGGGGGGGAGGGGGGGGGGGGGGCGGGGGGGGGGGGGGGGCGCGGGGGGGGGGGCGGGGCGGGGGCGGGCGGGGGGGGGGAGGGGGGGGGGGGGCGGGGGGGGGGGGAGGGGGCGGGGGGGGGGGGGGGGCGGGCGGGGAGGGGGGGGGGAGGGGGGGGCGGGCGGUGGGGGGGGGGGGGGGGGCGGGGGGGGGCGGGGGGGGGGGCGGGGGGGGGGGGGGGGGGGGGCGGGGGGGGGGGGGCGGGGGCAGGGGGGGGGGGCCGGGGGGGGGGGGGGGGGGGGGGGACGGGCGGGAGGGCGGGAGGGGGGGGGGGGGGGGGGGGGCGGGGGGGGGGGUCGUGAGGCGGGGGGGGGGGGGGGGGGGGGGGAGGGGGGGGGGGGGGGGGGAGGGGGGGGGGAGGGGGGGGUAGGGGGGGGGGGGGGGGGGGGCGGGGCGGGGGGGGGGGGGGGGGGGGGGGGGGGGGGGACGGGGGGGGGGGGGAGGGGGGGGGGGGGGGGGGGGGCGGGGGGGGGGGCGGGGGGGGGGGGGUGGGGGGGGUGGGGGGGGGCGCGGGGGGGGGGGGGGGAGGGGGGGGGGGGGGGGGGGGGCGGGGGGGGGGGGAGGGGGGGGGGGGGGGGGGCGGGGGGGGCGGGGGGGUCGGGUGGGGGGAGGGGGGGGGGGGGAGGGGGGGGGGGGGGGGGGGGGCGGGGGAGGGGGGGGGGGGGUGAGGCCGGGGUGGGCGGGGGGGGGCGGGGGGGGGGGGGGGGGAGGGGGCGGGGGGGGGGGGGGGUGGGGGGGGGGGGGGGGGGGGGGGGGGGGGGGGGGAGGGGGGGGGGGGGGGGGGGGGGGGAGGGGGGGGGUGGGGGGGGCUGGGGGGGGGGGGUGGGGGGGGGGGGGGUGGGGGGGGGGGGGGGGGUGGGGGGGGGGGAGGGGGGGGGGGAGGGGGGGGGAGGGGGGGGGGGGGGGGCGGGGGGGGGGGGGGGGGGGGGGGGGGGGGGCGGGGGGGGGAUGGGCGCUGGGCGCGCAGGACGUGGCGAAGACGGGGGGGACCGGGGGGGGCGGAGGAGGUGGCCCGAGGUGCGGCCGGUGAGGCGGAGGCGGGCGAAGGGGUGGGGGGGCGGGGGCGACUGGGGGGGGGGGGUUACGGGGGGGUGUAGGGGCGGGGAGGCGGGCGGGAAGGUUGCGACACGGGGGGGGGGGCGGGGGGCAGGGGGAAACGGGGGAAGGAGGGAGGGGGGCAGGGAGGGCCCGGCGGGGGGGCCCGACGAGGGGUGGAGGGAGGGGGCGGGGGCGGGGGGGCUUGGGGGGGGGGGGAACGGUACGGAGUACGGUGACUCGGAUCCCGCGGGCGUGGGGUGGGGGGGUGGGGGGCGGGCUGGGGGAGGGGGGGGGGGGAGGAUGCGGGGAGGAGGGUGGGGGGUGGCGGCGAGUGGGGUGGGGGGAACGGUGGGGUGA